AUGUCUCUGAAUUUUCUUUUUUCUCUCCCUCUCUCUUUUUCCCUUCUCACUUUGUCUCUCAUCUGUAUUUUUUCUUCUUUCCCUCACUCUCCUGUUUCUUUUAUCUCUUUUCUCUUUUUCUUUUCUCUUUCUCUCUCUGCUUUUCUGUGUUACUCUCCUUUCUCUCUUCCCUCACUUUAUUUUCUCUCACUCCUUCGUCCCUUUUCUCUCUCUCUUCUCCAUCUUUUAUAUCAUCCAUACUUUUAUUCUUUUUCCUCCUUGCAUUCUUUUUUCUCUUCUAUUUUUCUUGCUUUUUUCUUUCUUUCUUUAUUUUUCUUUCUUUUUUCUUUUUCUUUCUUUUUUCUUUUUCUUUCUUUCUUUAUUUUUCUUUCUUUCUUUAUUUUUCUUUCUUUUUCUUUCUUUUUUCUUUUUCUUUCUUUUUUCUUUUCUCUUUUUCUUUCUUCUUUAUUUUUUCUUUGUAGAGGCACAUCAAUAAUUCUAUAG